UUCACUAACUACCAGUGAGGACUGGUUCGGCUCAAGGGUGCCUGCUGAGCUCUCUUGUUCUCCAUCUGCUGAACCUGACUUUUUCUACUCUUGAUUUUCUUGUCUAUGUUUAUUUUCCAUCAUUUUCUUGGAUUAGACCUAUUGCCAGUCCUCAGGGCUUGAGGAAGGCUAUUAGCGCUACUGGGAACAUGCACUUCAGGAGCUUAGCUCCAUGUUUGGUGCUCCUGCUGCAUCUUUGUGAGCUGGGGAGAGUCACCGAAGGUAAGGUUCACAACCAGGACUAUCUGCAACUGGCUCUCAGGACUUUGGGUCUUCCUUUGGAGAGUGAUGAGAAGCCUACUCUCCAGAAGAACAGAAUUGGUCUCCUGAUCACUAAACUGCUCCAUGAUGUGCACUGUGCAGAGAGGACAGGCAUCACUCAGGACAUGUGUGAGAAAUGCCUGACACCGAGCAUAGCCCUCUCAGUGCUUGACAAUGACAACAUUAAUCUUACUGAAGAAGAUUACCAUAAGAUCUCAACUGUUCUGCUAUAUUACAUAAUUAACUUGAAGGAUCUAUGUGUCCUAAAUAUUGGCUCUCCAUUAGCUCUUUCGUCCUCAUCUGGGAACUUACAGUUCUAUCUGCUGCACUUCACGAGCCUGAAUCCAAAUGAAAACAAUCAGUUCCUGUCAUACAGAGAGACAGAGAGUAUUCUGCGGAUCAUUAACCAGCACUACCCUCCCCGCAACAAGGAGAUGCCUGAUUUGCAAUGUAUUCAUUCAGCUCGUCUUCUCAAAGAGGUGGAGGUAGAUGAAAAUCCUGGUGCAAGCGUGGCAGAGGUGCCCAAUGUAGCGGCAGCUAUAAUCAGUCACAUCCUGCAGGGACACUGCUUUACACCAAGGAAUCUCCCACCCCCAGACUUCUUUACAGAUUACAUAUUUGAGUCUCUAAAUUGUUCAAAUAACCUGCAGAUUAUAGACCUGGAGGAGCUACUUCAUCAGUUAGGAGUUGGACAUGACAAAACAGCACUGUACUCUUACAACAGGAAGUGGAUCAUCAAAGGAAGUUCAUAUUUGCUGAAAAACUUUAGCCACGAUACUGAUGGAGACUGGGUGCAGGUGUGCAUAUCAGCCAGUCAGAUGGUGGACAUUUUUUCUUUGGACCCUGAUUUACCCAUUACCAAGGAGCAAUUCAGACAAAUUUGUCCUGCCAUCAUCCAGCAACUGCUAGGCAAUGCCUGUGGGCCACUGCAGCAAAAGGCAAGAGGGUCGGUUCCUACUAGUAUUGAGAAGUAUGGCUACAGCACACUUGCUGUCCUGAUCAUCACAAUUGGCUCCAUGUUUGGGAUCUGUCUGGUAUUUUUCAAUUCAUGUCAGGAGACCUAUGCACUCAUCCUGCAGCUGUUUGUGGGCCUGGCAGUGGGAACCCUCUCAGGUGAUGCUCUCCUGCAUCUUAUUCCACAGAUUCUUGGCCUACAUGACAGCAGUCACAGCCAUGAUGACAAGCUUUAUAAUGAGGACAAGGACUAUCUGUGGAAGAUCCUGGGCCUGAUUGCUGGGAUAUACGGCUUUUUUCUCAUUGAAAGAAUAUUUUCCUUUUUAGUCCCUUCUCAUGGCCAUGGUCACUGCAGUGACCUUACCCUGGACCUGAACUGUAAUGGUCAGUCUCAAAGGAGCAAAUCCAUUUCCACCAUCCAGUUGGGCUCAGUAGAAGAUGUAGAGGGCCCAGAAGUGUCUCCUGUACAUACAAACACGGGAAGCACUCCUCGUCAGAGACAAGUGGUUCCUCUGCUGGCUGUGAUGGUAAUUAUGGGAGACAGUCUUCAUAACUUUGCCGAUGGCCUAGUUGUCGGAGCAGCUUUCUCUUCAUCAGUCGAGACCGGCAUGGCAACCACUGUGGCCAUUCUGUGCCACGAGAUCCCACACGAGAUGGGGGACUUUGCGGUGUUACUCAGCUCUGGGCUUUCAGUGAAGACUGCAGUUCUGAUGAACUUCCUCAGCGCUCUAACAGCUUUCAUGGGCCUUUACAUCGGACUUUUUGUCUCUUCAGACAUAGAUGUACAGCAGUGGAUCUUCUCUGUGAUGGCUGGGAUAUUUCUCUAUUUGUCCCUGGCAGAAAUGCUUCCAGAGAUGAAUCGAGUGAAGACCAACCGGCCGUUUGUCAUGUUCUUCCUGCAGAACCUCGGUUUGCUACUGGGCUGGACUUGUCUUUUGUUACUCUCGCUCUUUGAACGUGAACUAAAAUUUUAAAUGUAACUGUCACAUGACAUUAAAUUGAAACAGAUUAACUAUUCUGAUGUUUUCAUUUUUAUUUUUAUGUCACUGACUUGUUAAUAAUCAUCUUACAGAUGCAAGCAUUAGUUUAUGGAGAAAAUAUUUGCCAUCAUGAUAUUAUCGUAAAAAUAUGCUUUAUUUCCAUGAAGGAUUAGACUUGUUUUAUAUUCUUCAUGAUUUAUAUUUUUAACAUCUUGAUUUUUUACUGAGAUUGAACUACUUUGGCUUCCACUAUUAUUAUAAGAGAUUAAAGUUUGAUAAAAUGUAAA